GGGAAGUUGUCAUUUGAAGAAUUUAAGAACUGUUGUGCCGAUGGCAUCCUCAACUCUGAAGAACUGUGGGAGUUGUUCUGUGGCAUUGACAGGCGUCAGUCAGGCAAUUUAGAGACGGAGAAGUUCUGCGAGUAUUUCUCGGACUACCUUGGAGAAUACAGGCAUGUCCUGUCUGCCUUGGAGCAACUCAACACUGCUGUCCUGUCAGCCAUGGAUAAAACCAAACUGGUAUAUGAGAGUUCCUCCAAAAUGGAACAGUUUGUGACCCGCUUCCUACUUCGCGAGACGAUGAACCAGCUGCAGUCCCUGCAGGUCUCACUGGAAUGUGCUGCAGACACCAUUGAAGAACAGGCUGGCCGAGAAAGGAAUGAUGUCACCAAAUCAGAAGCUUUUGUUGGUCCACGCACUGCUAAAAGAUGUGGCCGUAGAGCUCAGAAGAACAUCUGCUUGUCUCCAACAGAUCCUUAUUCAGGGAUGCUCACCACAGGUGUUUGUGUGGAAACUGACAGCCGGUGGACAGCUGAGAUCGACCAACUACAGCAGCUUAUUGACAAACUGGAAUGUAAGAGUCCAAGGCUGGAACCUCUGAAAGAUGAUGUGGUCUGCAAAGGAAGAGAUUCUUCUCACAUCCUGGUGGCACAGAGACAGAUCUCAGUGGCAGACAGUGGAUUAGAGGCAUUCCGCCAAGCUCUCCAAUCCUACACAGAAAUCACAGCCGGACAGAGCAGCUGCCUACAUGUAUCUGCCCACAAACUGUCGAGCGAUGCCUGCUUCAUCCUCUAUGAGUUUUGGCAAGAUGUGGCUUCAUGGAGAAGCCACCUGCAAUCAAACUACAGUAAGAAGUUUCAGUGUGCCAUCAUUGACUUAUUGGACUCUCCAGAACUUCUGACCACCAUGCUCUUUCCAGCUUGCUGGUGGAUCAUGAACAAUAACUGAUCUCCCCAACAUGGCAUUCCCUCAAGGCAGCCAGCAUGUGGAUGGAGCAAGCAUUCUCUUCAAAAGACAGCCUUCCUUCCAGGGUUGUCCUCCCACCCUCUUCGGUGUUGCUUUUCUCAUCUAUAUUAAUGUGGAAUGCUUUUACUUUCUUUCCUUCUGCAGCUUUGGGAAUGGGGCAGCACUUUGGAAUGCACCUUGCAAUCCUUCCUGAGCGUCGUCUUCCUGCCACCUCCUACCAUUUUGACAUUAGGACUUUCACCCAGAGUAAUGCCAUGGCCUUGCUAGCCUCUUUGACGAUAAGAACAGCCUAUUAUUUUGAAUUGUUGGUGCUACAACAGUCGGUUUGACCAUCUGGCAUAGUGUGAUGUAC